AUGGGAUUGUCCGGGAGGAAAGUCAAGCAGCGCAUACCGGCAGACCCUAGGAAUCUGUCGUGGGCCAACGAUGCGAACAAGUUUGGGACGGCGUAUCUUGAAAAGUUCGGGUGGAGCUCGUCUGCGGGCCUGGGGCCGGCGGGCGAGGGGCGCACGAAGCACAUCUCGGUGUACCAGAAGCUGGACAUGCUGGGGAUCGGCGCGGACCACAAGAACAGCGCGGACGGGACGGCGUGGAAGCAGGGGCGGGAUUUUGAGAACUUGUUGCAGCGGUUGAACGGGGCGGGCGGGGCGGAGGGGGCGGCGGUGAAGGUGGACGGGUUCGUCAGACCGUCUGCACAGGAGGAGAGUGCAGAGACGGUGGGCGAGGACGAUGCGAAACCCGGCAAAAGCAAGAAGAGGAAACACGCGGAGGCGGAUGGACAGCCCGACUCGGGCAGGGAGAAGAAGAAACACAAAGAGGAGGAGCGCAAGGAGCGCAAGCGGCGGAAGGAGAAACAACGAGCGACUGACGACCAGACAAAGGACACAGACGCGUCCGCCCCGCCCGCGUCGUCGUCGUCGCCGAGCUCCUCUCGAGCCACGGACCGCGCGCAGCGAGCCCCAGUCGCUGUGCCUCGUCCUCGUCCGCUGCGCGCCCACCGCGCGCGCCACAUCGCAUCCAAGAGCCUCGCGUCGAAAAACGCGGUCGCCAUUUCGGAGAUCCUGGGCAUCGCACCCUCCGCCGCAACCACAGCAGGUGCCUCUGCGUCGCCCGCGCCAUCUGUGCCGCCCGCGUCGGGCACCGCACUGGGUAGCGCCGCGCCGCUGCAGGAGCUGACGACGUCGUCGAAGAGCGUCAUGGACUACUUCCGCGAGAAGCUCGCAGCGAAGAGCGCCCAGGGUCCGGCGCCCGCCGCGCUGGACGACUGGGACGAGCCCAGGGGCGGUCUAGGGUCGUCGGCUCUCCGGCGGGCGGGAGCGGAGUCUGCUGGCGCGGAGGGGCGCGCAGGGCUCGGCGCGUUCAGGGCAGCGGCGCUUGUCUCUGAGGAGCCGGAGGAGCCGGUGGCGGGCGGGGACGCCGUGCGCGAGCGGCGGAAGAAAAGGAAGAGGGACAAGGCAGCGCGGCGGGAGGAGGCCGCGUCUGCGGACGGCGUGGACGGCACGCGGGGGCUGGCGGAGGCGUCGCCGGAAGAGAAGAAGAGGAAAAAGAAAAAGAAAAAGAAAAAGAAAGGUGAGAAACGCGAGGACGCAGGGAAGAAGCCAAGUGGGAAGGAAGACAGGUCGUAG